AUGUCUGAAGAAACAAAUAGUAUUUAUUCAACCGCAUCGUCAGUAUCAUGUUCUACAGCAAUUUCUACGACUCAAUCAUCAACAUCAGUGACUCCAACACUAUCGGUAUUAUCUACAAUUACAGGAGCAAAUACAAAAUCUUCUUCGACGCCAUCAUCAUCAUCAUCAAUAACAACAACAGCAAAUAAAACAUCGUCGUCAACACCUUUAUUAUCCUCAACAACAGCAACAGAUGCAAAUACAAGAUCUUCUCCAACAUCUUCACCAUCAACAAUGGCAAAGUCAACCACUUCAACUAAAUCAUCAACAACAUCGUUAUUGUCAUCAUCAAAAGAAAAAACUACAAACGACAAUACGUUACAAAUAUUGAAGUGGAUAUUGAACCAGAUAUGUUUUCGUGGAUUGAAAGUUUUAAUUGAACUGGAAAAUGAAUUUUCAAAUAUUGAAUCAACAUUAACCUCAUCUCAACGAUUAGAAUUUUUUACCAAAAUGAUAAAUAUAGCUUGUAAUACAUCAUAUGAUAAGAGUAUAAUUGUUGGCAUUCAUAAUGUUAUUAAUAUGAAUGAAAAUAUUAAAAACGAUUUACUUGGUAAAAUAGAUAUGAAUGAACUUAUUAUUACAUACACAAUGUUAAAUAAGAAUGAUACAUGUCAUAUUGAUAAAAAUUUAAUUAAAGUGAUGCCAUUUACUGAUGUAUGUACAAAUAAAAAAUGUCAAGGACAGAAAUUAGAUAUUAUAUUUUCAAAAAAUGGUCAUAUUCUAUAUCCAACAUCUAUUAAAUCAUGUUCGAUUUAUAUUGGUACUUGUAAAAUUUGUAAAUGUAUUUAUCAACCAUCGUCAAUUCUUGAUACAAAUGCAAAUCAACGAACUGUUAUUGUUCAAUGUAUUAAAAAUAAUAAUUAUAUUUGUUUCUAUGGGAAUUUAGUUUAUACAAAAGAAUUAUUAACAAUGUUUAGUAAUUAUUUAGUUCAUGCUCAUGUUACAUUUGAAGGAUUUGCUCAAAGUUACAUUGCAACUCUAGAAGAUGUUCAAAUAAAUUAUCGUCCAAUAUUUUCGGCAAAUUCAUUUGCAAAACGUUUAGAAGUUACAUGGAUGUAUUAUGAACUUAGUAGAUUCAUUUUUGUUACAAGUCGUGAAAGUUAUAUUAUCUUUCCAAAAUCUUGUCAACCAAUACCUAGAUCAAUUUUUAUUGAACAAAACUUACGUUUUUUGUAUCAUCUUUUUAUUGUUUUUUGGUCACAUCAUCAGAUGAUCAAUGGAAUAAAAUGUACACAAUCAUCAUGUUCACAAGUCAUGUUGAUCGAUGGUCAUCAAAAAUGUCGUAGAAUUAUAUGUAAAUUUCCCAAUGUAACUAAUAUGAGUCAUCCAGAGAUGGGACCCGUUCUGCACGGGUGCCCAUAUGCACCAAAACGUAAAAAAAAAGAUCAGGACAUAACAGAUGAUGAAUCUAUAUAUUAUUGUUCACAUCACGGAGAGUACAUGAAGUCUGUCGAUGAUUUUCAACAAUUACAUACACAUGAAUAUGAAGAAGCACUUGAAAUUGAUCGAAAAAUAGUAGCAGAUUUAAACAAUGAAGAUAUGUGCAAUGUAUAUCGAAAUGAACUAGAAAAAAAUCAAAAGAAUCGAUCUUUUGGAGUACUUGUGUCAUUUCUUUCAUGUAAUGUAGUCGUAGGCUUCACAGAAUCAAUAAAAUCUGAAGGCUGUCGUCGAGUGACGGAUCAUUUGUUAACAAUGCUUAAAGAUGGAGCACAACUACCUGAUUCUUUAAUUUACGAUAAUGCGUGUGCACUACGCCUGCAUUGGAAUAAAGUAUAUGAUACACAAUAUCUUACAAAAAAUGAACAUACAACCAAACUAUAUAAUCUAGUGUUAGCACUAGAUCGUUUUCAUAGAAAAGGUCAUGUCAGACCGAUGUGUAAAAAGCUUAUGAAUCCGGAUGACAAACAACAUGGUGACAAGUUCAAGCACAUAAAUACAUCCAUAUGUGAACAAUUUUUCUCGUUUUUAACCAAAUUUCGAUUUGCAUUAAGAGGUUUUAAUUAUCCUACAUCAACGUUAUUUACAUUACUUUUGUUUCAUUUGAAAAAUUGCCAUACUACCAGCAUUAAAAAAAAUGAUUUUGGACUUGGUUAUCAAUAUUUUAAUGAUAAAAUAAAGGAUCAUUUUAUCAAUCCAUGCAUUUUUGAAAGUGUUAUCUUUGAUAUACAUGAGCAACAACGAACUGAACAAUGGAUAGAAAGUGAACAGAAUAUUCAGAAACUUGAUCCAAAACAAUCCGAUGAACAAAUUAGCGAGGAUGAAUUUAGUGAAGAAGAGUAUGAUGGCAACGUUGAAACUGAUUCAGAAUCAUUUGAUGAAGAUUGA